GCGUCUGCGUGUGCUCGCCUUCUCUGUCAUUCUCUCUUUUUCCCGGUUUUAUUUAUCCUCUCUCUCUAUACGAAUGUUCAUGUAGCAACCAUGAUUCCCAAUAAAUCGAGCUUGAGGGAAAAAAAUUAUUUGAUCGGAAAGGUUUCACCUUAAUUUGCAUGUUACCUUAUCAAGGUAAUGAAGGGAUUGCCUGAGAAGUCUGUGGAUUCAAAAUUUUGUGUGGGAAGUUCAGCUGGAUCUACAGAAAAAGAGCCCUUUUCACCAUUUGACACAGAGAGAGAAAAUUGUCAGUCGAAGUCUCUAAGAACUUCUUUAUGGUCAAGCUUGGUGACAUCUCCAUUUUCUAUGUUUGAAUCAUAUAAUGAGUCAAAUUCCAGUGUUAAGACCAAGGUUUUGAGAAAUAGAACAUACAGGUGGUCUGCAGCUCUUAGGAGAGCGUUGGCUGGUAGCCCAAUGAGGCUACUCCAGGAGCGUAUUCUGGGGCUGUGCAAGACUGGUGUUUCUAACUCAAAUGGCGAUAUAUGGCUCUUGGGGGUUUGCUAUAAAGUUUCAUCGGGGGAAUCCUCUAGUGACUUAACUCAUGCUAAUGGUAAAGCUGCAUUUUUGCAAGAUCUCUCAUCACGGAUUUGGAUCACUUAUCGGAAAGGUUUUGAGACUAUCGGGGACUUAAAGCUCACUAGUGAUGCCGGUUGGGGUUGCAUGAUCAGAAGCAGUCAGAUGCUUGUUGCUCAGGCUUUGCUUUCUCAUCAUUUGGGGCGAUCUUGGAGCAAACCUACUCAUAAGCCAUUUGAUCCGGAGUAUGUCGCGAUUUUGCAUCUCUUUGGUGAUUCUGAGGCAUCUUCGCUGUCCAUACACAAUCUACUUAAAUAUGGGAAAGGAUAUGGUUUGGCUGCUGGUUCUUGGUUAGGACCAUAUGCUAUGUGUCGUACCUGGGAAACUCUUGCCCGUAUAUCAAGGGAGCAGAUCCAUCUUGGAGAUCGAAACGUAUCCUUGCCCAUGGCUUUGUAUGUUGUCUCUGGAGAUGAAGAUGGAGAAAGGGGAGGAGCUCCAGUUCUCUGCAUUGAGGAUGCUGAAAGGAUUUGCGCUAGCUUCUGUGGGGGUCAAGAGAGUUGGGCACCUCUUCUUUUGUUGGUUCCGCUGGUUCUUGGACUUGACAAGGUUAAUCCCAGGUAUAUCCCAUCAUUGUGGGCAACCUUCACCUUUCCUCAAAGCACUGGCAUCUUGGGUGGAAAACCAGGGGCUUCAACAUAUAUAGUUGGUGUGCAAGAUGAUCAAGCUUUAUAUUUGGAUCCUCAUGAAGUUCAAUCGGUUGUAAAUAUUGACCCAGGCAAUUUGGAGGCCGAAACAUCUUCCUAUCACUGCAAUGUUGUAAGACAGAUGCCUUUUGACACGAUUGAUCCCUCAUUGGCAAUCGGAUUCUAUUGCCGUGAUAAAGAUGAUUUUGAGGAUUUUUGCACUCGGGCUGCUGAGAUUGCGAGUAAUUCAAAUGGAGCACCAUUGUUUACUGUUACAAAUUCGAAACCAGUGAAGAAGGGCGCAUUGGCAAGCGGGUCUAGUGUUUGUGAAGAUGAAGUCAGCAACCAAAAACUGGUUUUGGAGGCCGAUUCUUUCGAGGGAGAGGCCAACAGUCUCUCGAACGAGGAUGAUUGGCAGCUUCUUUGAGAGGACUUCUCAAGUUAUGGAAUCCCAACGAGGGGUUGGGAAAGCAGUGGCUUGGGUGUUAUUGAUGAAUGUUCCUCAGGGUCUCAUUCCCGUUCAAUUUCUUUGUACAUCUAGCUGCAAAGCACAUACCUGAACUGGUAUAUAGACCCUUUCCAAUUGAUAUGGGUAUUGGUUACCUUUUCUAAAUUAUUGGUUUGAGCUGGGGCUCUUGAUUUAGGGAUGCUUCUUUUAGGGCUCUGAAUCCGUGCACUCAUGGGAAACUGCGAAAACUUAGGUGCUUUCUCUAGGAAUGUGCUUUCUGUAGCUAGGCUUGCAAAAACAUUAAUUUAAUUGAUAUUUGUAUUUGUCUUCACAGUGUCUUACUCUCCUAUAGGGGUAUGACUUCUUGUGGUGCGAGGUGAUCCUGACCCAAGUAAAUCCUUGUAGAUCUUGAAGUUUGAGUUUAAAUGCUUGAUCCAUGUUCUACGUGAAUAGCUUGUAUAAUACUUUUGUAGCUUUAAUUUAUUGGGACUUUACGAUGA